CGCCCUCCUCGUUGAGAGAGUCGUCCCCCCAGCGUGCUCUCCGCCUGCGGCUUCUGUAUCCCGCAACCAAAAACUACCAAAAAAAUUAGAAAUCCCCAAAUCCGCGAGAUCUAUCAGUAUCGAGCGACUUACCAAUCCGAUUGCUAGGGUUUAGAUCCGAUUUUUUCGAAAAAACUGAAAAAAAUUUGGUCGAGGGGAGGAGGAGGAGGCGAUGGCGGCGCAAGUGGCGGCGGCGGCGGUGGCGAACGGGAGCGCGGGCGCUGUCCCCGCGGUGGUGUCGCCGGGAGCGGUCGGCGUCGGGGUCGGCGUGGCGCAGCCGCUCCCGACCACGUCGCUCUACGUCGGCGACCUGGAGGGGUCCGUUUCGGACUCGCAGCUGUUCGAGCUCUUCAGCCAGGCGGGGCAGGUGGUGUCGGUGCGCGUCUGCAGGGACGUCACCUCGCGCCGCUCGCUCGGAUACGCCUACGUCAACUUCAGCAACCCCCUGGAUGCUGCAAGAGCAUUGGAAGUGUUGAACUUUGCUCUGCUUAACAACAAGCCUAUCCGGGUGAUGUAUUCAAACCGUGACCCAAGCAGCCGCAGGAGCGGAUCUGCUAACAUUUUCAUCAAGAAUCUUGACAAGGCAAUAGACAAUAAAACUCUUCAUGAGACCUUUUCCACAUUUGGUACCAUUCUCUCAUGUAAGGUAGCCAUGGAUGAAGUGGGCCAAUCCAAAGGCUUUGGUUUUGUUCAGUAUGAAAAAGAAGAAGAAGCUCAGGCUGCUAUAAAAAGUCUUAAUGGGAUGCUUAUCAAUGACAAGCCUGUUUAUGUUGGACCUUUUCUUCGCAAGCAAGAGAGAGAUCAUUCAUUUGACAAGACAAAAUUUAACAAUGUCUUUGUGAAAAAUUUGUCUGAGUCUACCACAAAGGAGGAUCUAGUCAAAAUUUUUGGUGAAUAUGGGAAUAUUACAAGUGCUGUUGUGAUGAUUGGUAUGGAUGGCAAAUCAAGGUGCUUUGGUUUCAUCAAUUUUGAGAAUCCAGAUGCUGCUGCCCGUGCUGUUCAGGAACUUAAUGGAAAGAAGAUAAAUGACAAAGAGUGGUAUGUUGGAAGAGCUCAGAAGAAGUCAGAAAGAGAGAUGGAACUAAAAAGGAGAUUUGAGCAAAGCUUGAAAGAUGCUGCUGACAAAUAUCAAGGACUCAACUUGUACCUCAAGAACUUGGAUGAUAGCAUUGGAGAUGAUCAACUUCGUGAAUUGUUCUCUAACUUUGGCAAAAUUACCUCGUGCAAGGUGAUGCGUGACCAAAAUGGUCUUAGCAAAGGCUCUGGCUUUGUUGCGUUCUCAACUCGUGAGGAAGCAUCUCAGGCUUUGACUGAAAUGAAUGGCAAAAUGAUAUCUGGAAAGCCACUGUAUGUUGCAUUUGCACAGCGCAAAGAAGAUAGAAAAGCAAUGUUACAGGCACAGUUUUCUCAGAUGCGCCCUCCUGUACCAAUGACACCCACUAUGGCUCCACGCCUUCCAAUCUACCCUCCUAUGGCUCCUCAGCAACUCUUCUAUGGACAAGCUCCGCCAGCUAUGAUACCCCCUCAGCCGGGAUUUGGUUUCCAGCAGCAGCUUGUUCCAGGGAUGAGACCUGGGGGUCCCCAUAUGCCAAAUUACUUUGUUCCGGUUGUCCAACAGGGUCAACAGGGUCCACGCCCAGGUAUUAGGCGUGGAGCUGGGGCCCAGGUCCAGCAACCUGUGCAGUCAUUUCAGCAACAGAUGCUUCCUCGAGGACGGAUGUACCGUUACCCAACCGGCCGCAACAUGCCUGAAGCUCCAGCAAUUCCAGGAGUUGCUGGUGGUAUGAUUCAGCCAUAUGAUAUGGGAGGCUUCCCUGUGAGAGAUGCAGCCUUAUCACCUGCUGCCCAAAUUGGGACUCUGACUUCUGCCCUUGCAAAUGCUACUCCUGAGCAGCAAAGAACGAUACUUGGUGAAAACCUAUACCCACUGGUUGAGCAACUGGAACCAAACCAAGCGGCCAAGGUCACCGGAAUGCUUUUGGAGAUGGAUCAGACUGAGGUUCUCCACCUGCUUGAGUCCCCUGAGGCUCUCAAGUCCAAGGUUGCUGAGGCGAUGGACGUUCUCCGCAAUGUAGCCCAUCAGCAGAAUCCAAACACCCCGACCAGUCAGCUUGCUGCGUUAUCACUGACCGAAGGCAUUAUCUCCUAACUUGAAAGUUAUAACAAACGAUCUUCAGUUUGCAAUUGCGUAUGGUGUUUCGAGAGGUUAUCCGGCACAUGACAGUAUUGCUCCUUUUUUUCUUCCUAUGGUUGGACUUGUGUGAGCAGUGAGUCUUUUCCAUACUGGAUGUUAGCUAUUAUUUUGUGCUGUCUGGUGUCCUGACCGUUAAGGCAAAGUACUUGUUUCCAAGUUUGAGUGCUAUUGGGGGCCGUGGUUACAUUACCUGUCUUUUGCACUUAUUAAAAUUUCUGCUGCUUCAAUGGUUGAGUGAGAAGAAAAUUGGGAUUUUAAGUAA